UAACGGAUAUUGCAGUGUCCAAGCCCGACCCUUCUCCUCGAUUGUCUGUGCUGGUUGAGAAAUCAUUGCACAUGCGAGAUCCCGUUGCUCGCAGAAGUUCUGAGCUCUUCGCGGUUGUUCAAGCUCAGACGGAAACAGCAAACGACGACCUCACUGCCUCACCCCUCCAUGUAGAACCGUAUCCAGCAAGACCGCAGUCACGAUAUGUGACGUUGGAUACUCCUGGAAGGAGACAUGUCGAGGGCGUAUACGAUCGGUGAGUGAAUUCCACCAGUCAGCAGACGUAGUCAUUUACUUCCGCCCCAGCUUCCUCAUGUCUACGACCGGUGUCAAACGUGUUGGCCUCGGGUACCAGUCUGACAAUACUGCGCCCCCGGUCCAAGCCAAGCAGAAGGCUCCGGCCAAGCGCAGCAACAGCUUUUUCCUUACCGGCAAGCGACCUAUGCCUCCCCCGGUCUCGAGCGAAGAUCUGCGCAGGACCAGCAUGUCGCCAGAUGAAUUCGGUGCUAUGACACGUGCAUCGGCUCCCGAACUUACGACCAUGGUCAAGGAGGAUAGUCCGAAUCCGGUGGGCAUCGUCCGCCGCGCUAUCAAGGCCAUGACCGCCAAGCGGUAGCCUAAUCUCACGACCUUCGUAUUCCUCUUCACGGACUCGAACUCUCGUCUUGCUUUCUCAUUCCACUUUUCCAUUCAUCUUAGCCUUUCUUCAUCACACAAUCUCAUCUUCAGCUGCUAUCUUAUUGCUAUCACCCCCGGUUUCAACCCUUAGGCUUUGCUAUGACCUCACGAGUCUUGACGACAUUCUCCAGAGCUCUCCUGUCAUGCUAUAUAACGUUACGAAAUGACAUCGAUUUAUGCCGUCUAAG